AUGGCGUGGAGGAGUGGAGCAGAGUGGAGGAGAAACAGGAAGACGUUGCACAGCACCCAAGCGGGGGAGGGGGCGGUAUUGUUCGGUGUCGAGGCUUCACCAGCAAGCAGUGCCGGGACUACCCGAGGGAGACGAGGGCAUUGCCGAAAAGACCUCGAGAGCUUGGCCAACCCUGCCAAGGAAAAGGACUACGGGGACAACAGCGCCCUCCAGUACGGCGUCACCGUCGGCGCGGAGGCGGCCGGGGCGGGGGCGGCGCACCAUUUCUUCUCCGCCGACACCCGCGUCGUGUUCGGCGUGAACGCUCUCGAGAUCGGUCUCGUCGAGCUGUACGACCUCGGCCUCCAACGUGCGAUGAUCGUGACGGGAUGGAACCAGGCCCGCGCCGACCCCGUGGUUUGGGAGCUCUUGCCAAGAGGGUUCGAUCUCAAGUGGCACUCUGUUUCCUCUGAGCCUUCUCUGUCCGACGUCGCUGAGGGGGCGAAGCUGGCGCUCGAACACCGCGCGGACUGCGUCGUGGCGAUGGGCGGCGCGGCGGUGAUCGACGCCGGCAAGGCUAUCGCGGCCAUCGCCUACGCAGACAAGGACAGCGCGAAGGCCGCCGGGCGACUCUUAGCGGCUGCCAGCGAGCCGAGGGAGACAACCGCACCAGAGCAUGGGGGAGAGGCCGGGGUCGGGGCUGAGGCGGAAGCGACGGGAUUAGCGCCUUUGCUGGGGCCCGUGCCCCUUGUGGCGAUCCCGCUCGUAGCCGGGAUAGGAUCCGAGGUCACCCCCGUCGCGACCAUCAUGGAUGAUCACGACCCCUUGGAGCCUGUGAAGGUCACCGUGGGUUUCCAUGACAGCGCGGCGGCGAUGCCCGCGCCCUUCAUGGCGAUCGUGGAGCCCCGCCUGAUGAUGAGAGUCCCUCUCGAGAUCACGUGGCCCGGCGCCUUCGUUGCCCUCGCGGGUUGUCUGGAGAGCUAUGUGGCGGGGAGGGGCUUCGUGCCUGAUCUCAUGAGGGCAUCGAGCGGGUGUCCAGAUGCCUGUCGAGGGAUCUGGGUUUCCGCGGACCGCUGUACCAAGAACGGGAAGACAUCGCGUUUGCAGAUUGCCGAGCUACGACGCCAGGAAGACGCCUACAUGGACCCCGCCUACCACCGCCGCAACCGCGCCCGCCGCCAAACCGCGGCCGGUGCCGAUAACCCUGACCGGACGGGCGGGGGUGAUGAUGCUGGAGGCGACAGCGGUACUCGUCCGUCUGCCAACGAUGGCAGCGGCAGCGGUAGCGACGGCGGCGGCGGCGGCGGCGGCCGCGAAAAGGUCUACUCUGACGACUACAACGACCGGGCCUGCGCCGUGCUGCUCAAGUACCAGCGCGUCGCCGGCUUCGUGCUGGGAGCGGGGGAACAAGACAGCAGCGACACCGGCAGAAGAAGAGCGGGGACGAAUCCCGGCGCCGCGCCGUCCCCGGAGGACAUCGUCGAGUGGCUAGACGAGCGACUGCUCGACAAGAACGUAGCCCCGCUCUACCGCACGAGCCUGAGACCGGAGCACGUCCAGCCCGUCCUCGAGACGUUGUUGAGCGGCGGCGGCGGCGGCGGCGAUAGCCGCGAUGGCGGCGAGAAGGCGGCGUUGUUGGCGUUCGGGGGAUUGGGGGAAGCCGCCGUUCGGUCGAUUGUUGCGGGCGAGGCUGGCAGACGAGACGCAGGCAGCAGCAGCGGUGGAGAACGGGAGAAGGAGGUGAAGGGAUUGUCGGCGGAAGCUGCGGCAGUGGUUUCGUCGAUGUCUGGGGACGGCGAGGGACCUCUGGGCCGAGAGGCACCCCAGACUGGGCCGUGGCAGAAGAAGUGA